AUGCGGGGAGCUCUCCAUGUUCGGUUCUUGACUUUCGUCCUGGAGUCGAGUGAUGGAUCCGCUGGAGGCGGAGAUGAUGCCUUGGAACAAUACAACUCCCCGACAUCGGAGCAGGUGCUACAUGACCACUGCGGAUGGACUCAAGAUCUUCACUCGGAAGAUACAUAUCGGGAUCAAGCUCCCAGCCCGCUUCAUAGGAAUCGACCCCGCCAGGACUCUACAAACAGUUCACUCAGCCUGAUGCCAGGCAAUGGGACGAUACUAACACUAAGAGAGGCGUUCCUGAUGCGCUACUUUAUUCAGAAAUUAGCACCCUGGGCCGAUGUUUGUGACAUCCAUUCACAUUUCAGAACCGAAGUCCCAAAACGGGCACUGGAGAACAAAAUGGUCCUGCAAGCCAUACUGGCGCUGUCUGCGCGACAUGAUGCGAUCUUGGCCAACGAUAGUGACUGGGAGGCCUCGGCCUAUCACGGACAGUGUUUACAGAUCUUGAUUGCGGCAUUAGAUCAAGCCGAGACGAAUUGCGACGAGAAUAUGCUGAUUACGGUCGUAAUUCUACGUAUAUAUGAAGAGUUGGAGAACAAGACUGACCAAAAGUUUCAUCUGCUUGGGUCCAAUCGCUUGGUGAAUCUUGUCACCAGCUCUGCGUCCUCUGUGGUACAAUAUCAGCCAUUGCAACUCGACAUGCAGAACUAUGAGCGCUCUUCAAUGUUUCACCGUGACGACGACGCAGCUUGCGCUAACAGGAUCAUCUAUCAUUGCGCCCGUAUUCUCAAACUGUGCUGUGGUGCACCAGCUCAUAUUGUAAGACAAGAUACCUGGCGCCAGAUAUCGGACAGUGUGAAAGAGUGGAAUCAGACCAAGCCCGCAAUCUGGCAACCGAUUCGGUAUCAGGCAUCGAGUGUGGCUGCUAGUCGACCGUUUCCUGAGGUAUGGAUGAUAUCCCCGCCCGCAGUGGUUGGCAUGCAAUAUUAUCAUUCGGCGUGUAUUUUUCUCACCUUGUCUGAAUCCCAACCACCCAACAUGACCGAUUAUGAAAGGGCCCGUUCAAGGCGCGUGAAAGAGAAAGUCAUUGCCGACCAUCUUGUUGUGGUUAUUGGCCUGUCACUGUCCAACGAAAGCGUCGAGAAUGCCUAUUUCAUGGCAUCACAUUUAUUACAUCGUUUCGGUUACUGCCUUCGGAAUGUAGUCGAACAGGAGGGCUCAUUGCAAUUUCUGACUCGAGUCGAAAAAGUGCUGGGGUGGCGCACUUCAUGGAUGAUGCGAGAGCUGGAGCAUCAAUGGACCGAGUUGGCUGGGUUUGAUUCUUGGGAUUCUUGA